AUGUGGCAGGAUUGGGAAGGACGGUUGGAAAGCCAGCGCCCUCAUUUGGCAGGAGCAGAAAGUAUCUGUGAAGAAUUGUGUGAACUAUUAAGUGAUUCAACCUCCAAGACUGAGAUUAAGAACAAAUUGAUGACACUGCAGAAACAGUACACUGUCCUAACGAAGAAGAUUGAUAACAAAAAGGCAGAAUUAGAGUCUUCUCAGAAGGAAGACCAAGAGUUUGUCCUUUCCCUUGAAACCAUCAAAACAUGGCUGAAUAAGAUGCAGGACUGCUUGUCAAAACCUUUCACCGUUUCUGCUAACCAUACCACCCUGAUGGAACAGGUUAAGGAUUUUGAACCAAUACACAAAGAUGUUUUAGACAAAGAACAUGAAAUCCACAUUCUGGUGAGUACGGGGAAUGAGAUUAUUAAUAAGGUUACGCACAAGACUGAACCUCUCCAGCUGAAGGACAAAUUAGACACCAUCAAAACUCAGUGGGACAUAAUUCGCAAAGAAACCACAGACAGACAAAACAGAUUGCUUAGAUGUACUGACACAAGCCCAAAGCUCCUUUCAGCACUAAUGGACUUUCUGCCUUGGCUUGAGCAGAGUGAAGAGAAGCUGGCCACAUUCCAGCCAAUCAACUUCCAGAAGGCAGAGCUUGAAAAACAAGCCAAGGAUAUUCAGGUGUUCAAGAAUGAGUUAUCAAGCCACAGCCAAGAUUUUGACAAUAUCUGUAACUUUGGUGAGAUGUUAUUAGAUCAAACAGAUGUUGACCAAGAAGAUAUCAAACAGAAGCUGGUGGAGCUGAAACAACGUUGGAAUCAGCUCAACCAAGGUGUGUUAGAAAGAUCUCAGACGGUGGAUAAUGUGUCUCGGCUGUUGACAACAUUCUAUGACAAGGCUCGCAAUGUACGACACACUCUUCACCAACUUGAAGAGAAGCUGGCUUCACUGGAUGGUCUAAGCAAUAUUGUUGUAUUGGAUAGACUGAAGGUACUUUUAGAAGAAGCAACUGGCCUAAAUCAACAAGUUGACCAGAUCAUAGAAUCUGCUGACCAACUGACAUCAAAUGCCAGCUUAGAUUCUGAUGCUUCCCACAUUAAACAAGAAUUGCUGACCUUGGAAAGUCGUCACAAAGAACUAAUUCAGACCUUAGAAAAGAAACGCACACAUGUGGAGUUCAUCAUAAAAGUCCUUUCUGAUUUCACGAUGAAAGAGAAGAAUGUCCAGAAGGACUUGAAAUCUUUAGAAGAAACAUUAGACAACAUGACUCCUGUUUCUCGAGUCAUCACUGUCGUAGAAACUCAGAUUGUAGAAAUGAAGAACUUCAUGGGACAGCUGGAUAAGGUGAACGAUGAUAUUGAAGAUGUUUCUAAACAUGGAGAAGAUACGAUUGAUCAGGGCUAUACCACGGACGUGACAUCGUGUAGAGAAAAGGUGAGCAAUCUUCGACAGCAGUUCGUACGUAUCACCGAAAGAACCAAAGUUCGGUACUCAGUUUUGGAGAGCACUCUUGUCACGCUAAAAUGUUUCUAUGAAGUCUACAGUACUACGAUCAUUGAGCUUGAUAAGACUGUUGAAGAAGAAAAGAAUUUUAAGGCUAUAAGUGGGGAAGUGGAGACAAUAAGGUCUCUACAGGAAGAAUUUAAGGCCUUCCAUAAAAACCACAUUGAGCCCCUGAACAAGCAUAUAACAGAUGUUAACAAACAAGGACACAAUCUCGUCCAGUCAGCUUCUCCGGGUGUGGACACGAUCAAGCUUGAGCAAGACUUGGAAACUCUGACAAAGAAAUGGAACGACUUGCAAGAGAGGCUGAAUGAUCGUGAGAGAUUGCUGGACCUGAGGCUGCUACAGUCUGGUAAGUUCCAGGAAGCUUUAGAGGGAGUUCAGAAAUGGCUACAAGAUACAGAGGAAAUGACUGCCAACCAGAAAGCUCCAUCAGCAGACUAUAAAGUGGUGAAAGCUCAGCUACAAGAACAAAAAUUCUUAAGGAAACUGCUCCUUGAUCGACAGAACAGCAUGACUUCACUGACCGACAUGGGAGCUGAAGUCAUGCAUAACUUUGAGCCAGCGAAAAGGAAAGAAGUUGAAAUCCAACUUCGCAUCUUGACAGAAAGGUUCACUAGUCUACUCACUGUAGCAAGGGAACGUAUGGAGGCUCUUGAACAGGCCAUUCCUGUUGCACAGAACUACCAUGACAAGAUAAGUUCACUGAUGGUGUGGUUGGAAUGCACCGAGAAGAAAUUGGUCGUUAUGACAAUCGUACCGACAGAUCAGGACAAAAUCAAAGAGCGAAUAAAUGAACACAAGGAACUUCACGAGGACAUCAUCAACCACAAAAACUUGUUUGAAGAGACAAAUCUGUUGGUUCAAACUCUGGUAACUCUGGUUAAUGAGGAAGAAGCCCACACGAUCCAGGAUAAGUUUCGAGAAACAAUGGACCGUUAUAACAAGAUUACAGAAGACAGUACAACAGUUGGUGAGCUUUCAGCCCAGUAUCUAGAAGGUGUUGCACAUUUCUGGAUUAAAUAUGAAAAACUACUGACUUGGCUGCAGGAGGUGUACGUCAAGUUCACCCGUUACCAGAUUCUUUCUGUAUAUCCAGACAAAAUUCAAGAGCAAAUCGAGGAACUGACUGACCUUCAUUCUGAAAUUACUAAUUAUAACUGCGAAGUAGACGACCUGAUUACCAUAUCACAAGAACUAAUGAAACAUACUUCAGGCGAUGAUGUCAUUCAGCUAAAAGACAAAGUUGACAUCAUCCAGGGCAAGUACAAUGAAGUGUCCCAAAAAUGCACUGAGAGACAAAAGCAAGCACUAGAGGUUCUUCCACUCACUCAGAACUUCCAGAGUUCUCGUGAAAAGCUGGUGUUAUGGAUAGAUGAGACAGAGCAAACUCUGAAGACGCUGGAGGCCCUUAGUCUCAGCACACAGGAGAGCACUAUAGAGCACUUGGAAAAGGUAAUGCAAGAGUAUCGACCGGUGGUUGAAUCAGUCACUUUACUGGGACCACGUCUGUGCCAGAUCUCGCCAAGUGAGGGGUCACAUCUGUUAGAAAACCUCAUUACUCGAGACAAUCGUCGUUACGAUGCACUCUGUGAGCAGAUUCAGCGUAAGGCAGAGAGGAUACAGUUAUCAAAACAAAAGAAUGUAGAGGUUAUAGGAGACAUAGACGAACUUUUGGAUUGGUUUCGAGGAGCCCAGCAACAAGUCCAGGAGGCUGAGCCCCUCUACCCAGACCCUGGUUCUCUCACAGCAUUACUCAAAGAACAGAAGGUAAUGAAUGAAGAUGUGAGUGGGCAAAAGAACCGUGUUCGGAACAUUCUGGCCACUGCUAAGAAGUUGAUGAGAGAGAUGUCAACAGAAGACUUAAACCUCAUCAAAGAAAAGUCUGAUGAACUAAGAGACCUCUCAAACAGUGUCAGCAGUAUGUGUCUUGAGCGUAGGAGUGCCUUAGAACAAGCCCUGCCAUUGGCUGAACACUUUUUUGACACCCAUUCAGAUUUAGCACCAUGGUUAGAUGAAGCAGAAGCUGAGGCAGAGAUGUUAGAGACACCAACACCGAACGUUGCUCAAAUCACACGACAGCAAGAUAAAACACAGAUGCUAUUGCAGACAAUUAAUGAUCACAAACCUUUGGUGGACAAACUCAACAAAACGGGUUCAGCCUUACUGAAACUUUGUGGUGAGGAGGAAGGCGGUAAAGUUCAAGAAAUAAUGGAUUUUGAUAAUUCUCGUUAUAACAGCCUCAGAGAGCUAACACGAAAUAGACAAGAGAAACUGGAGGAAGCUUUACAAGCUACAUCUCAAUUUACAGACAAGUUGGAUGGUAUGUUACAAGCACUUCACAGCAGCGUUGAACAGAUGAGCAAUUCUGAGCCCGUUUCUGCUCAUCCAGAACGGAUUGAGGAACAGAUCAUGGACAACAAGAACGUCCUCGACGUCUUGACCAAACGUUCUACAGCCCUGGAGGCUGUUAAGAGGGCUGCUGAUGAUGUUAUCACAAAAGCUGGCACUGACCAACCUGCAGUAGAAGAUAUUCGUCAGAAACUAGAUCGACUGACUGACCUGUGGGAGAAGAUCCAGAAAUCCUCUAAAAAUCGAGGCCGCAACUUAGAAGAUGCUUUGACCGUAGCCGAGAAGUUCUGGAACGAGCUUAAUGCCGUGAUGAAAGCCUUAAAAGAGCUUCAAGAAAACCUAAAUGCUCAGGAGCCUCCAGCCAUUGAGCCUAGUGCCAUACAGGAGCAACAGGAUGCACUCCAGGAGAUCAAGCAGGAAAUCGACCAAACAAGGCCAGAAGUGGACCAGUGUAGACAGGCUGGUCAGGACCUGAUGCAACUGUGUGGAGAGCCAGACAAACCAGAAGUCAAGAAACACAUCGAAGAUCUGGACUCAGCCUGGGAGAAUGUCACGACCCUGUAUGCCAGGAGAGAACAGAACUUAGUAGAUGCCAUGGAGAAGGCUAUGAACUUCCAUUUUACCCUACAGAGUUUGCUGGAGUUUCUAGACAGUGCAGAAGAAAAAUUUGGCAGUCUUGGUCCAGUGGGGUCUGACAUCGACUCCGUAAAGGCUCAAGUUAAACAGCUUGAAGAAUUUAAAAAUGAAGUUGACCCGCACAUGGUUGAAGUCGAAGGGUUGAAUCGACAAGCUCAAGAUCUGAUGGAACGAACAUCACCUCAUCAAGCCCUCUCCAUACGAGAACCAUUAGCAGAUAUAAAUCGUCGCUGGGAUGAAUUACUUAAGGGCAUUGUAGAACGACAGCAAUCACUAGAAAAUGCUAUCCUCAAGCUUGGUCAGUUCCAGCUUGCCCUGGAUGAACUCUUAUCCUGGAUCACGAGGACCGAAAAGACACUAACUGACCGUAAACUAGUUGCCGGUGAUCCUCAAGUCAUUGAGGUGGAACUAGCCAAACAUAAGGUUCUAGUCAACGAUAUUCAUGCUCACCAAAUAAGCAUAGACACCAUUAACCGUGUAGGCCACCAACUGGUUGAUAUAGAUCAAGGUUCUGAAGAUGCCAAUGCCACACAAAAGAAGAUGAAUGAUUUGAACACUAGGUGGCAGCAACUACAAGAUAAAGCUGUUGAACAACAGAGAGAACUUGAAACAGCACGUAAAGAGGCUGUAUCAUUUAAUCAAGAAAUUCAAGACCUUCUCUUGUGGCUUAGUGAUGUGGACUGUCAGUUGGCUACUUCUAAACCAGUUGGUGGUUUACCAGAAACUGCCCGAGAACAACUUAAUCGGUUUAUGGAGUUAUACAGUGAACUGGACACAAACCGUUACAAAGUUGAGACAGUAUUACAGCAGGGUCGAGAUUAUAUGAAACGGACGGAGGAAGGUUCAGCUGUAAACUUGCAGCAUAAUGUUAAAGUUCUAAAACAACGAUGGGACAGUGUUCUUAACAAACUGAACGACAGAAAGAUAAAACUUGAAAUAGCAUUACGAGAAGCAACACAGUUCCAUGAUGCCCUACAGGAGUUUGUUGACUGGCUGACAAAUGCUGAGAAGUAUCUCUCCAGCAUGAAGCCAGUUAGUCGAGUGAUGGACAGUGUUGUUAAACAGAUCGAAGACCAUAAGAGUUUCCAGAAAGAUCUGGGGUCCCAUAGAGAGGUGAUGAUAAACCUGGACAAGAAGGGUACACACUUAAAGUACUUCAGUCAAAAACAAGAUGUUAUUUUAAUUAAGAACUUGCUUAUUAGUGUACAACAUCGCUGGGAACGAGUGGUGUCGAAAGCUGCGGAAAGAACGAGAAUGUUGGAUCAUGGAUACAAAGAAGCUAUAGAGUUUUACGAUACAUGGAAUGAACUGUUCUUGUGGUUGGAAGAGGCAGAAAGAACUCUGGACAGCUUUACCCACAUUGAUAAAGAUCCAGAUAAGGUCAAACAGCUACUAAACACACACAAGGAGUCCCAACGAGAAUUUGGUGCCCAACAAUCCAAGUACGAUACCACCAUGAAAAUUGGUCGCAUCCUGAAAGAUCGUUGUCCCAAAUCUGACAUUCCCAGUCUUCAAGAGAUGAUUGACAAGUUAAAGAACAAAUGGAAUUGUGUGUGUAACAAAUCUGUUGACAGACAAAGGCAACUAGAAGAAGCUCUCUUACACUCUGGACAAUUUAAAGAUGCCAUUAUAGCACUGUUUGACUGGUUGGAUUGGGCUAAGGGAGCGCUAGCUGUAGAGCAACCGAUACACGGUGACCUGGAUACGGUAACGACACAGGUUGAUCAACAUAGGAUAUUUCAAGAUGAGCUGCAAAACAGAGCCAACAACCUGGAAUCUAUCCGUCGAAUUGCUGGUGAACUUUUGCAAACAGCAACUCACGAAGAUGUAGAGCACAUCGAAAACCAGGUGGACCAGCUGAACCUAAUGUGGAAUGAACUUGUUAAGCUAAGCGACGAGAAACAACAAAAUCUGAAUGAAGCACUUCAGAAGGCAGAACAGCUACAAAGGUCAUUCCAUAUACUCCUGGAAUGGGUGUCAGACAUUGAAAUAAAGCUGAGGUUCUCAGGUUCACUGCCAGAUGAUGAGGUGAACACAAGACAACAGAUUGAAGAACAUCAAAGGUUGCUGGAGCAGCUGAAUGAGCAGGAAGAAAAUAAGAACAAUGCUUUAGUUUUAGCCCAAGAAAUCCUAACGCACUGCCAUCCUGAUGCAAUCAUCAUCAUUAGACACUGGAUUACCAUUAUCCAAUCUCGUUGGGAAGAGGUGUACAUCUGGACCAGACAACGAGAUCGGAAACUACAAGACCACUUACAGUCAUUGCAAGAUAUUACUGGUCUACUGGAUGAACUGAUGUCUUGGUUACUGGAAGCAGAAUCCAGUCUUACAGGUCUAGAAGCUGAGCCUUUGCCUGACAAUAUGCCAGCCUUGGAACACUUGAUUACAGACCAUCAGGUUUUCAUGGCAGAUAUGACCAAACAUCAGCCAGAAAUCGACCGAGUCACAAAAGCAUUUUCCAUUAAGAGACAGCCACCUAAACUACUGCACCACACGCCACAUCGUGUUAAAAAAACUGGAAGACACGACGACCGUAAACCAGGCCAUCCAUUAGGAUCUGCUGCAGUACCAAAAAUGUCAACCCCAUUGAAACCGUAUGAAACACCAGAUAUUAAGAACCCUCGUGCUAGUACCCUUCUGGAUAAAUGGAGAAACGUCUGGCUACUAGCAAUGGAACGUCAGCGCCGACUACAAGAUAAACUCAAUUACUUAAUGGAGCUUGAGAGGAUCAAGAAUUUCAACUUCGACGAGUGGAAACGAAGAUUCCUUGGCUGGAUGAAUAACAAAAAAUCCCGUAUCAUGGAUCUGUUUAGAAGGAUCGACAAGGAUAAGGAUUCAAAGGUUACAAGAGCAGAGUUUAUUGAUGGAAUUCUGAAAUUCAAAUACCCAACAAGUCGUCUUGAAAUGGAAUGUGUUGCAGAAAUUUUUGAUCGAAACGGAGAUGGAUUUAUUGAUAAUAAAGAGUACAUUGAAACCCUUAAGCCAGAACGAGAGGGACAUCCGAAAACCGAUGCCGAGAAGAUCCAAGAUGAAGUUCAGAGGCAGGUUGCUAAGUGCUUGUGUGCCCACAAAUUUAAAGUUUACCAGGUUGGAGAAGGAAAAUAUAGGUUUGGAGAGUCCCAAAAGCUACGGCUCGUCCGUAUCUUGCGCAGUACUGUUAUGGUACGUGUAGGAGGAGGAUGGAUGGCACUUGACGAAUUCCUUGUUAAGAAUGACCCAUGCCGAGCAAAUGGACGCAUCGGUACUGGGUUGCAGGAAAAGUUUACCCAUGCCAAGGGAGUCGGCCAAUCCGUGUCUUCAUUUCAUCCCAAGUACAGCUCUAAUGCCUCACAGUCCUCCCACAGUGGGUCCUCUAUUGGCCACUCGGUCCCAUCCACAAGACCCGUCAUUAAGGUUCGAGAAACAAGUGAUCGUAGCACGCCGCCCCAACAUGGUCGAACAUCGGGAACUGCUGACACAAGUAGCGAUAUCAGUGGCCCCAGUUUCAGUGAAGACAGCUUGGGAGCCAGGUCUGGCCGUCGUUGGCUUACGCCUACACCAUAUCGCACGACUCCAUCGGGCACCAAACCAUCAAGCCGCCCAACAAGCCGUACUGGAAGUCAUCCCUCCAGUAGACCACCAAGCCGAGCAGGCAGUGACCUUUCUACCGACAGUGUAGAUGCUUAUCGUAGUGCACGCAGGACCCCAGUUAGUAGCACCAAAAUCCCAUCAAGUGCUGGUCGACAGCGAACACCAAGUGGUUCUUCUCAAACGUCAGGUACUAAGAGUCAGAGCUCGGUACCAGGAACCAGAAUCCCCUCAGUACGAAAACCAUCCUCUUCGUCAUCAGCGAGUCGUUCUGAAGGGGUGAAAGGCAGAGAAAGAUGGAAAUAAUGACCACAAAAUGUUCCAUCUUUAUUUGAGGCCUAAAAUUUAACUGGGAACAGCGAGUUUUUUGUUAUAAUUCCCAUGCUUUGAAAAACUGCUACUGAAAUUAAGGAAAUCCACAGGUAGUUGAUGAAAGAAAUAUCCAUUGCUCUUUACCACUAGCUUAAUUCCUUGUGAGGAUUUUAUCUCGUUUCACGAAAUAUGCUGAGUAGUACUUGUUCAAAUGAGGAUGCAUUAUUACAGAUUUUUGUCUUUGGCUACUUUCUCAUUGCUUGAGCCUGGAUAUUUAAGAAUUAGGCUAAUGAUUUCACGAUCUACUCCAGAGUUGUAAAAAAUAUACAUCAAAUUUUGUUCGAGCUUAUUAUGAAGGAAAGGUAUGAAUGAUGGUGGAUGUAACAUGAAUGGGAUAAAUUUAGGGAAAAAUUUAAAGGAUGCUCUCCUAACAUUCCGUUCAGAAACCUAGGGCUUGGGGAUGGAGGACGUGUGGAUUUUUCCCUGAACUUAGUGUGUGUGUGUUUGUUUGUUUGUCUACUGGCCCCGUUGACUUCCAUCAUGGAAUCUCAAAGUGUUAAAGUCCAUAGAAUGCUCAAGGUUCACAUUAAAUGAUUGAAUCUUGUUUAUAUUAAUAACAGAAAGAGAAACAUAUAUAUAUUCUGGAAGAUGUAAUUACUUUUUGAAAUGGUGAAAAUGGGGUGAUAGUUUUACUAAAUAAUAAUACUUUACAGCUGCACUGGGGCCUAUCUUUUAAUAAGGUAAAUAUUAAGUUUUAUUUAAAGUGCCAAUCUACUGCUUCUUUAUUUUAUGUUAAAAUUGUCAAAACAUAUUAAUUUUGUUGCUUUUGUUUAUUAGACUUGUAUUUAGGGCAGCAUUUUGUUUGUUUGAAAAGAACCUACACUCACUUCCGAAAAUUAUGCAAAUGUUAUUGUUAAAUAAAGUAAACCAUGCCUGUAGAUUAGUGUAGUAUCGGAUUACUGGGAUGUAUACAUUCCACUAGAUGCAGAGUUGUUUUGAUCAACUUUCUAUGAUCACUUGUUUGCACAGCCGUGGUUUCUGGGACUUAAAACAUAGAUAAUCACCUUUCAAAUGAUGUUAUAAAUCAAUGUAUUUGUUGCUUUUAUGUAAUUCAAUAAAGAUAUAACACAUAUUA